GCAGACUGACUUUUUCCAAUAACCAAAAUGAAUCGUGCAUUUAGCCGAAAGAAAGAUAAAUCAUGGAUGCACACUCCUGAAACGUUAUCAAAACAUUUCAUUGCAUACAAUGCUAAAUUCCUUGGAAGCACAGAGGUUGAACAACCUAAAGGCACUGAAAUUGUGAGAGAUGCAGUUAGAAAACUGAAGUUUGCAAGACAUAUUAAAAAGUCGGAAGGUCAAAAAACUCCAAAGGUGGAACUUCAAAUAUCUAUAUACGGAGUAAAAAUUCUUGAACCAAAAACAAAGGAAGUCCUGCACAAUUGCCAGUUACACAGGAUAUCGUUUUGUGCCGAUGAUAAAACAGACAAAAGGAUUUUUACAUUCAUAUGCAAGGAUUCGGAGUCAAAUAAGCACUUGUGUUAUGUGUUCGAUAGUGAGAAGUGUGCUGAGGAGAUAACACUAACGAUUGGACAAGCGUUUGAUCUGGCAUACAGAAAAUUUCUGGAGUCUGGAGGAAAAGAUGUCGAAACACGGAAACAAAUAGCUGGCUUGCAGAAAAGGAUUCAGGAUUUAGAAACGGAAAAUACUGAACUGAAAUACAAAGUACAAGAUUUGGAAAAUCAGUUAAGAACACGUGAUCUAACUUUCUCACCUGCUGGCAGUGUGUCACCAAAAUCACCAUCCAUGGAUAUCUUUGACAUGGUUCCAUUUACCUCAGUGUCUCCUGAGUCAACAACCCCUACAAGAAAUGGUACUCAGCCUCCACCUAUACCCAAUAGAUCAACAGAGAUCACAAAAGAUCUGUUUGGAGCUGAACCAUUUGACCCUUUUUGCUGUGCAGUGGGUGAUUUCCCUCCGGAUAUUCAGUCCAAACUUGACGAGAUGCAGCGACAGAGAUGGAGGGGUUCAAAAUGGGACUGACGAUGGAAGGAACUGUGUUUUGUCUUGAUCCUAUGGAUAACAGAAGUUGAAGCGAUGGAUACAGGGAGCCACAGG